CGCCGCGUGGGGAGCGUUUAGGAACCCACGACACACAAGGGAAAAAGGAGGCAAAGUAGCUUCGAGUCUGCACACCGCCAUUAACAAUCAAAUUCGAAAUCGGUAUCCCACCGUCAAUCGAUUUCCCUCUAAAUCUACUUUUGCGGUGGUCUUUGAUUUCUUGAUUCUGAACUUUGACGACUUGUUUUCGCAUCGAAGGUUUCAGUCAUGUCGUUCAGAUUCAGAGGAUCGCCAAAUGCUUCUUCAGGUAUGGGUGUUGCUGAGCACUGCAAAGGCACAUUCCUUGAACUGCAAAGAAAGAAGGCUCACCGUUAUGUAAUCUUUAAAAUCGAUGAGAAGAAAAAUGAAGUCGUUGUUGAGAGGACCGGCAGUCCUGCCGAGAGUUACCAAGAUUUGACAUCAGCUUUGCCCGACAAUGAUUGCAGAUAUGCCGUCUAUGAUUUCGACUUUGUGACUUCCGAGAACUGUCAAAAGAGCAAGAUAUUCUUCAUCGCUUGGUCACCUGCAUCCUCUCGGAUCCGAGCCAAGAUGUUGUAUGCAACAUCCAAAAGCAGGAUCAUACACGAGUUAGAUGGCGUUCACUACGAGAUUCAAGCUACGGAUUUCACCGAGAUGGACCUCGAAGUGCUCAGGGAACGGGUUUACUAAUCGCGUUUUAUGUGUUAAAACGAUUGAUUGCUUUAAGGAUCUUUUCGUGUAUUUUGUGACGUAUCAUCGUAUACAAAUCCGUGGUUGCUUCUUUUUCUCUAUUGUCUCCUUUAGGUUGCUUUUGGUACACACAGGACUAGAUAGGAUUGCACAGACAACAAUGAGGUAGGCAGUUGAGUACUGUGGAAAGUUUUAGUGUUUUAAUUUGAUAUGGGUAGUUUAGUAAUUUAC